AUGGCUCUGAUGAAAUCCGGCUGGCUCUGGAGACAAAGCUCUGUCUUCAAACGCUGGAAGCUGAACUGGUUUGACCUCUGGAUUGAUGGGAACCUUGUCUGCUACAAAAGUGAUACACGUCGUGACUAUGAGACCAGAGUGAGCCUCAAGAGCAGAUGCGUCUCUGUGAAGACUGGACUAGAGUGCGCUGGUAUAACCCCUCCAGAUGGCCAUCCCAGGGAGAACCUGUUGGUACUGUAUCUGAGAGAUGGAUCCACUGUGGUCAUGUGCGCUAACAGUGAGGAUGAGGCAUUGGCAUGGAAACUGACAAUUAUGGAAGCCAAAAGAAACCCAGUGUACACAUAUGAUCCGUAUGAUGACAAUUAUCAGUUUGUGGCUGUGGACAGUCAUAAUGCGGUUUACGUCAGCCCAGGUUACCACGGCAAUGGAGCAGGCACCCACCAUGUCCUGAUCCACCGUGACCCGUGGGAGGGAGUGGGGCAUCAGGUGGCUCUAGGUCUGCUGGCGGGCAUGGCCACUGGGGCGGCGCUACGGUCUCUCCUGUGGAUGCCCUUCUGCUUCUGCUGA